AUGGGUGUACGUGCGUUAAGUACGAUCAAUGAAUCGAUCACCGGGAGCGGUAGCGAGUUCAAAGAUCCCACGACGCACCGCAAAAUUUCUGGACAGGACCUAGAAGAGCAGCUGAUUGUGGCGCAGUACAUUGCUGUAGCGGGUCUGACACUGUACGCGUGGGAGUAUUUGUGCACGUUGCUUCGUGAGUUGUCCAUGUGGUUGCAUCCUAAGGACUUGAUACGACCGCAAGUCAUGUUGUUUUUACUGAUCCGAUAUGCGACCAUACCCGCAUUGAUCUUACCUUCCUACAGUUUGUGGGGCAACUUUUCUUCCGAACAGCAAUGUUUGAAGCAUGAGCAGGUGGUCAUUGCUGUCGUCCAGUUUUUCGUCUCUUGUAUUUUCUCAUGGCGGACCAUUGCUAUCUGGCGUCGAGAACGCUGGAUUGUGGUCCUUCUCACUGUAUUUACGAUGCUUCUCCUUGGUACCAGUAUUGGUCUGCUAUACUUUUCCAUCGACGUACUUAUCGUUACUGGGGCCUGUCGUCCUGCGUACGACGUCCGCCUGGAUGUCGACAAGCCGAAGUCCGCCAACACGGUAAUGUGGUUCUAUAUGUGCAGUAUGAUCUUUGAUACCACGACACUGGUGCUUUCCAUGUACAAACUGUUUAUCUACGCUAAUAUGGGCCGCCGCGUCGCGGCGACAGUCCGCUUUGUCGAUCCUUUUGCGGCCCAUCGCGAGCAGCUGGAAAAGGCGGAAAGUGACCCUGCGGGCGGGGCCGCUGGCACUUGCGCAGGCGCAAGUGUUGAUCCCAUGGGCAAGGAGGUGGCGCCACAUGAGCACCGAUCACGAAGCAGCAGCAUACAAUACCUGCUGAAUUUGCCGAGCAGUGUAUUGACGGCGAUUCGAUGGUUGUACCGUACCGCGUCUGGUGUGUAUACAUGGUGGACGUCUCUUACGCCACUCGUUGCACGCCUCAUUGCCAACGGUCUCAUUUACUUUGCCGUGGCCACGGCAUACAAUGUGAACAAUUUCGUCUUAGAAGCACGACAGUCACUGCACUCCAAGAGCUUCCUCGCCUUGUACCCGCCACUUAUGUGUGUGUUGUGCCAGCGCAUGCUCCUCACGGAGUUUGAUGCAGUAUGGGCCAGGUACGAUCCUGAACCAGAGUACCCGGGCCGUCAGUUGGUGGACCGUGUGGUGGGCAAAGACGCGCCGUCCAAUGAGAAGAGUCAAAGUGUGAUCCACAGGUUCGAGCAGUACGCCUCCGCGUUGGAAGAGCGGCAUGCCUCCCUGGUCUCGCCUCGCGGCGGAGUACGCUACAGCGAUCAACACCCCUCGCGCUUCUCAUCGUUGAUGAGUGUGCUUCCUAUGCCCGUGACAAUGAGUCGACGACCGUCUGCCUCGUCGCAGCCGCCACAGGCGCCACAGCCGCCGCCGCAGCCACAAGCAUCACCACCCAAACCGGAUGUAGCCUCCCAGGAGCUCGCACCUUCCGUCUCUGCGACGCCACGCACCUCCAUCGCGACCGGACCAGCGCCCACCUCUGUGGACUCGGCCACAGCGACGCCACGCGCGUCGGAAUCGCCAGGCACAGCACCAGCGCUCACUCACCGAACCUCUAUGCGGCCCGUAUCGCCUGUAUCGCCCCGCACUAGGACGGCCGCUUUACCGUCGACGUCUUCGCCGUCCCACCGUCGUACAAAACUCACACGUGCUCAGGAACAGCAGGCAAUUCGUAUGGCCGGCUUUAUGUAA